UAGAACAGCACCUUCUUUCUUUUACGUUCUUUAUUUGCUUUACUUCCACCUAUUUCUCUUUACCCUUUUCCGGGGGAUUUUUUUUCUUUACCUCUUUCAGCAUUAUUUUGCCUUUUUAUAUUUUUAUCUACGCAGACACACACAUACAUACAUAAUUUUCUAAACAACAGAUAAAAGCCAUGUCAACUAAUGUGUCGAAUGAGCAGACACCACUCCUUCCAAACAGUAAACCAGUGAAACAGUGCAAGAAAAAGGCAUGCUGCUCGUCAAAUUCAGGCUGCUGUUCAUCAAAGCCAGAUCAAGGUUGUAAAUCAUCUACCACUGCCGAUGACGAUGAUUACUGUCAUUUGGUUGAUCAACCCUGGGAGUAUAAAAUGCUUGCACUCUUAUGCGCACUCUUCUUAGCAGUUGGUAGUCAUUUUGCUGCUCACACACUGGGGGCCAUGAAAGGCACUAUUAAAGAGAAAUUUGAUAUCACGAAUUCGCAAUAUGGCGUGCUUCAAUCAAGCGUGGCCAUUGUAAAUACCAUAUUACCUGUUGUUGGUGGCAUCUUUGUCGAUGCAUUUGGCACAAUACCUGGGUCUAUUCUUACCACACUACUCAUUACCUCGGGAAACACACUUGUUGCUCUUUCCACAUCGUCUUCAAAUUUAACCAUGAUGAUCACAGGCCGCAUUCUAUAUGGAAUCGGAAGUGGUACAGUGGUAAUUGUUCAAGAGACAAUCUUGAGUCAAUGGUUUACCGGAAGAAGCUUGGCUGCAGUGGUUGCACUUAUGCUCACAGUCAGUCGUCUGGCCUCAUUUCUCGCUCAAGCAAUCGUUGUACCAAUUGCUCGUUGGACCGGGUGGUAUGGUUAUGCUUUCUGGUUUUCAGCCUUGUUGUGCGUCCUUUCAAUGUUUGUAAACUUGGGGUAUAUUAUCCUGUUGCGGUCUAUUUCUGAUCCAGCCGCAACAUGUAAAAAACAGAUCGAAGUUAUCAAGCGCAAGAAAUCGUUCCGUUGGUCCAAACUACUCUACUUGCCUCAUUCGUUUUGGCUUGUAGCAGCCAUAGAAUUUUUGCUGGGCGGUACCUGGGGUUGCUUCUUACAUAUUAACAGUGAAUAUGUUAAGUUUCGAUUCUCGUACGAUGAAGGUGAUGCAGCAUUCACUGCCAGUGUCGCACAAAUCUUACCUGUCAUCCUGAUGCCAUUUCUUGGGGUUGUUGUUGAUAGAUUCGGAAAGCGUACAUGGAUGAUGAUUGGAAGUGGAGCUUCUAUGCUGCUAUCUCUUGUCUUGCUCCAGUACACCUAUAUCCCACCUGUGAUCGGCAUGCUGAUUUUUAGUAUCAGUCUGUCGCUUGGUCCAGUAGGUUUAGUUUCCUCAGUGCCUGUUAUCCUGCCUCUUUCUUUGGUGGGUACUGGUAUGGGUCUAGUCAAAUCCGGUACCAAUAUUGGUGCAGCUCUCUUUGAUAUUGCCACUGGCCUGUUGCAAGAUGCCGACCCUCAUAAAGGAUACGAUGGAGUGAUUGUUUUCUUUAUUGGUAUUGCAUCAUUGGCGAUACUAGCCGGAAUUGUUUUAAGUAUUCUCGACAAGACUAUAUAUCACAGUGUUUUGGAUCAAUCUGCACAAUCCGUGUGGAAACUUCGAGAAACAAAGUUGGGAAAUCCUCGACCAAAGGCACAAGAGAAAAUCUUGGCCAAUUGGCUCUACAUUGGUACUUAUGCCAUCUUAGCUACCAUUAGCUGGGUUCUCUUCUUCCACUUUGUUCUCUUUUCAAAGCCUAAAAAGUAGGCUAGAUUCCUCCGUAUAAUUUUUCCCUCUUUCUCUUUCUCUCAACAUCACUCACACACCUAUCUUUGUAAAUAAGCCUUAUAUUCUCUUUUUGUUCUUCUAUUUAUUUAUUUUAGACAAGCCUUUACUUCUUAUUCUUCUUUACAGUGAUUCAUAAUGGUAUCCGUGUACAUAAUAGAAACCUUUUCUUAACC